UCUCUAGUCCCCAUCUUGUUUAAGGGAAAGUCCAACUGGAAGUUGAACCCCUUUUUAGCGGAGGCCAAGAAAAAAAACUCCAAAGUUACAAUAAUACACGAAAGAUGGUCAUAAAACAGAGACAUAUAAUAGUGCAAGAGUCUGUUUCAUGUAUUAUUUCUGUUUCUGAUUUAAUGGCUCUGUUUCAUGUAUUAUUGUUCCUUUGAAGCUGAACUUCACUUAAGAUUUAUUAAGCUUGAUCGUACUGUGUGUAUCUAAGUUACGAAAACUCGCACGAGCGUUAGUUUUAUGACUCUGGCACUUGGCACAACAGCCGUUUGUAGUAACCCUGACGCCCACCGCUCGACAACGGUGAAAACCUCUGCCUCUCCUUCUCCAUGACAACGUGACGCUUCCAUGAGUUGCCUGCGGUAUUCCUGCUACAGUCACAGCGUAAUUACUUGUUUGCCUUUUGUGGAUUGUAUUUAAGGAUUUAUCCUUUCUCUUAAACUGGAGUUUCAAAAUGUCCCCCAAAGCGCUCAAAGUUGUUACUGAACUGGAGAUUCACGCAAUUACAUGUCCAGGUGUAUUCCUGCCAGAAAAGGAUGAUGUUUAUGUAGCGGUUUGCAUCUUUGGACAGUAUAGGAAAUCAAGAUGUCUUGCACCAGUAUUUCCACUUCUCUUUCAUGAAAAAAUGAGAUUUGAGAAGGUGUUUCCAGAAGCAACUGAUCCUGCUGAUGUAGCACAGCUACUUGAAAAUGAAACUGCUAAAUGUGAAUUAAUUCAGCUAACACCACCAGGGGAAACGUUAGCAAUGUAUGAAGAAAAUGUUCGUGAAUUUCUUUUUCCUGAACCAAGGCUGACCCCUGCAUACCCUGGAGUAGACAGAGCUGUUCUAAUGACAAAGUUACCGUGUUUUCCAGGAAUAGCACCAAAAUUAGAAUUUUCUUCAAUCACCACCAUUAAGGAGUCUAAAACAAGUCGAGCCUCAUCAUCACUGAUGCGUGAAGAUCACACAAGAAAGUUAAAUGGACAAGUAAAGUAUGGCUACAGAUAUAGAUCCCCUCAAAAAACAUACUCUCCUUUAGUCAAGACAACAAAGAAAAAGAAUAAAGGAUAUGAAAAACAUACAAAAUCCUCCCACCUGAGGUCUCCAUCACCUUGUAAAAGGAAAUAUUUAAAUGAAUUUAUUGAGAACAGUUUUCUGCAUGUAAAGCAAAUGAAUUUGGGACCUCAUGAGAGUAAGUCUACACUGCAAACAAGACCUCCAUUUGUAGUUCGACAUAUUGAUAGGUCAAAGACUGAAGAUAUCAUAACAACACCAGAAUCCCCUUCCACUUUAAAAAAGAAAACAAGGUCAAAAAGUCUGUCUCCAAAGCAGCGGCUGGAUAAAGGUGCUUUCAACCAUACCAGACCCAGGAGUGCCUUAGCAAAGAUUUCUACAUGCCCACAUACAAUGAAUACUUCAGAAGAUGAAGUAGAGUCAGAGUCAGAAGAAGACAACAAUGGCAGUCUUGUAGUUCACCCUGUGAGUUACAGUUCAGAGCCUGAAUUUUCACCUAUCUCAUCACCAACAUCAUUUCAAAGGUCAACAAGUCCAGUCCAACAUCAUCUUCAGCAUAGUUCAAGGAGUCUGUCAAAUUCAGAUCCAUCAUGGGAACUAAUUAAUGAGCGAGUAAAACGACUAUUGUCAUCACAAACUGCAAAGCAGAGGCUACAGUUGGGAGCAACAGAAUCUGAAAUUGAUGAUGUCCUUGAAAGACUGUCUGUUGUGCCAAGAAGUUUUUCACAUAACAGCUCCGUGGAGCGGAAAAAAUACUGAGUGUCCUAUGAUGUCCAGGUGGCGAUGUGAAUAAUUUGCAAGAAGUUAAAGAAUACCAUUGUCAGCUAUGUCUACAAGCUGACUCGUCAGCAGGGCUAAAUGGAUUGAUUCAUAUUAACUCCCUGCUUAAGGCAUUAAAUUGUCUUUACAACCCCAUAUGUGUCAUUGCUGUCUUCUUUAAUGUUUGAUAAAGUAUGGUAUGCAAGCAUUUAUGUUCUGGUGCACUGAUUUUAAUAACAAAAAAAUAAAUGAUUUUGUAAUAAAGGAAUUGUUAAUACCUA